AAAGUUAUGAAAACUAAACAAAGACCCCAGAAAUUAAGCAAUUAAACAAAUAAUUCAUCCACUAAUGCUGCAUAUAAUUAAAAUAAAGUUAAAGAAUUCAUAUUAAAUCUGAAAAAAAUGGUUUGUGGAGAAUUCGAAUUUGCAACUUCAAUCGUACUUUACGCAAGGCUAUCGAUUAGGUAUUGUGUACUAUGCUAUCGUUAAAAAUCAUUUAAUUACGGAAACUAACGAACGUUUAUCAAUCUUAGGCAAUGCAAAGUGCUUAUCCAAAUGUUCACGAAUACGCAUGAAUGUCAUGAAUGUAGAACAAACAAGAUGUACAGUUAUCUCUACUGGUUCCCUUCCCUAUAAAUGGUUUCAUUCAGCGACAAACAGUUAGAAGGGGACCAGUCUUAUAUACUUUUCCACGAUGGAGACAAAUGUUAAUAUUCAAUCUAUUGACACAACAGGCAAUGAUGAGUAUAUUGAUAAUUACUGUGCUCCGUGUUCAAAAGACGGUAAGUUUAAAGAAGGUUCUAAAUUCUGCGAAGAUUGUGGAACGUAUAUUUGUUUACAGUGUGUGGAAGAUCAUUGUAAAUUUUCAUCUAUGGAAUCUCACCAGAUUUUGGACGACGCAAAUCGUGGAUCAGAAAGUAGGAUCAAAUCCGGAACAGAACUUUGUGACAAACAUCAUGGGCGUUUUGUUAACAAAUACUGCAAGGACCACGAUGAAGUUUGCUGUGGGGCAUGUGUUUCUGGCAACCAUAGGUCGUGUGUUAAUAUAAUGGAAAUAGAAGAGGCUGUGAAAAACGCUGAUGCAAAAGAACAAAAAGAAGCUAACGAAUGUAUAGACAAAGUAGUAGCAAAGAUUAUAGUGGAACAAGAUGAAAGAGGGUUGCUUUUAUCAUCGAUCAAUCAGGAGGCGUCUGUCAUUUUAAAGGACAUAGAUAAGCACGAGGAAAGUAUCAUCAAAAGAAUUAAAGAUCUUGCAGAGGCGUCUCGAAAAGAAGUGGUUUCCAGACAUGCUAAAUUUGAAAAGCGUGUAAAGGCUGAUGUCAAGGAGUUAGAGUCGGUGUUGUCAGUGUCUGAGGAAGUUUCAAAAAUGUUAAAUAACUCUAACUUGAGUGCUAAACAGGCAUUUGUCAAUGUCAGAAAAAGUAAAACGGUAGCUACAAGCAUUUCAGAUACAUUGGACGAAAUGUCUAAAAGUCGCAGUCUUUCAAUUGAUUACUGCUUCAACAAUGAGCGAAUACAAAAGUUUGUGGGUAUGAAGUCUCUAGGUUACUUCGAAGAAACUGCAAAUAUACCGUAUAAGGCUAAAAAGCAAGGAAUGAUAAAUGUAAAGUUGGGAAAAGAUGGAGACUGCAUCAUAACUGGUAUUUGUUUUCUUGAAAAUGAAUCCAUUGUCAUUGCUGACUCGAAAAACAAAAAACUUAAAAUGUUGAAUGAAAAUUAUGAGAUGAAAAAUAAUAUUGCAUUGGCGGGAUAUCCUUCCUCGUUAUGUAAUGUAGGGCCACUUGAAGUAGCAGUUGCUUUGAGGAAUGAGGGAAAAGUUCAGUUUGUAUAUUGCGAUGGUACAUUAUCUUUAGGAUUUUCAUUUAGUACUUCUCAAAGAUGUGCAGGACUGUACUUUGACACAAAACAUGACGAAUUGUAUGUUUCCUGUGAUAGCUGGGGUCGAUUUAGUACAUCCAAGGUAUGCGUGUUUACAAAAAGAGGUGUUCCCACCAGAACAUUUGAAAAAGAUGAGACUGGCAAUAUUUUAUUUCUUUACCCCAAGAAUAUCACUAUGGAGCCUAUUACAGACACAGUAUAUAUUGCAGAUGAACGGAAUGGAGUCAUUGCUUUAAACAGAAAUGGUAAACUUAAGUGGAAAUACCAAGACCCUAAAGUACGUGAUUUAGCAGGGAUAUGUAUGUUACCGGGAAACCAAGUGCUAGUUACAGGCUGUUCAUCCAAAAAUUUAGUUCAAGUUGGAGAUGACGGAAAGAAAGUACGUGAGCUACUUGGUGCUUCAGAAAAGCUGCCUAUUCCAUAUACUGUGGUCUGUGAUAAAAGGAAUUCGAAAAUUAUAGUAGGAGGCGCUUCCAAUGAAAUACUCAUGUAUACAAUACGGAGGGAGAAACACAUCUAAUGCAUAAUUUCAGAGUCAUGUCACGGACAUAUGGACGGACAAAGCGGCGACUAUAUGAUCUCCUUUCGGGGAGCAUAAAGUGAGUUUUAACGUUUAAGGAAAAGCUUACAGUUUAUUAGAAAACAUCAUAAUUGUGAAGUAUUUGCAAAAGCAUCUAUAUUAUUGUCAUCGUGUAACUAACCGAAAACCAAAUAUGAAAAUAAGUAGACGUAAAUGGUGCCAUACUCAUAUAAAUUAAUCUCUUUACCCAUGGAACAAAUCGUUGGUGACAAACAUGACACAGAUAUUUUGGGUUUAUUCAUUAGCUUCUCACAAAACUGCCAACAAUAAAACAAUACUCGUGGGCAAUGAAAACACAGAGUUGAAAAUUGUAGACAAGGUUUUGUUGGGCCUAUUCGUUCA